CAUUCGGAGCUGUUCCAAAACUGGUAAGAAAGUCUUCGUAUUUCCUCCAUCGAGUAAAAUUCUCACCUGCGUUUGUGUGCGGGAACUACGAGUAAAUUGUGAUGAUUGGUGGAAAAAGUAGAUAGGUUGAACACGUGACAUUAUACGUUAUGAGAAUGAAACAAGGUUAUAAGCACAAGGUUAAAGUGAAUCAGAUUUUAAUUUAUAAUAAAAUGGAGAACAUCCCACUUGUUUUUCAAAUUAACAUAGAGAGCGACGUACCUGUAAUAAGUGCUAAUAAUAACUAUCCUGUUGAAGCAGGCAAAGGGCAUAUAUUUUUAUACAAUAAGAUAAGAAAUACAUUUAUUAAAGUUCCUGAUGUAAUUCAAGUUAGAAAUGCAUAUAACCUCGAUAUAAACCACUGCGCAUCUUUCUGUGAUAUACCCAUAACUGAAACAUAUAAUGUUUAUUAUACUACUAUUAUUUGUGAUGAAAAACGAUUACCAGUCCAAGCUGAUAAACAUUUGUUACUGGUUGAAAAAGCUUCAGGAAAAACUUUCAGAAUUAUGGAUUCCCUAAAUAUUCGUAAAAUAUAUAAUUUGCAACAUUCUUCUUUUAAAAACAUAAAAAGUCAAGUACAAUCUGCUUUAUCCACUAAAGAGUUCCAGCAGCAUUCAUCAACUAUGAUAAAUCAAACAGAUUUCAACUUACUUAAUAAACCGCUACAGGAAUCAUCAUGUGUUACGAAAAAUCAGCCACCAUCUUUGAUUGUACAAUUGCCAUCAACUUCAAUAAAUCGUGUGCAAUCUUCUGCUUUAACAGACAAGCAAUAUUCUCAACCUCCAUAUAUUAGUAAUCCAAUAGAAACCAAUGUUUUGAAUACGGAUAAACCAUAUGAAAAAGUACUUUCACAAAGUAAUAAUAAUGCAGGAUCUCAAGUACAAGUAACACUUCCAAAAACAAAACGCCGAAAAACUGUAGAUACUCCCCGAGCUUCGUGGAAACAUCCUGCCAUUUUAUGUCUUAUUCAUCACUACAAAGCAAAUAUGCAUGUAAUGAAUAGCAAUUCUAAACGCCAUGAGGAAAUAUGGCAGGAUAUAUCAGACGCUUUGGCCAAAGAAGGAUAUUAUUUUUCUCACUUGCAGUGUGAAGAUAAGUGGAAGUAUCUUAAAAAAGUAUAUAUAGAGACAGUAGACAAAAAUAAGGAGUCUGGAACUGCUGAGAAUACAUGUCCUUACUUUAAGGAAUUUCAUGAUAUUUAUAGCAAAUCACAUUCUGUCAAUCCUCCAGCACUUGCUUCUAAUCGAAUACUGAAAAAUAUUUCUGAAUGCGAAUCUUUCUCACAAUCAGAUUCAGAAGAAAAAAAUGUACCAAAGAAAAAAAGUCGAAAAGUUUCUCGCAAGUGCUCGCGACGCGCGAAAUACUGGUACCACGGCCGCACCCCCAGGGGGCUAACGCGAUUAACCAAGGCUCGCGUUUAA